AUGAAUGAUUUGUUGGAGAAGAGGAGGCAACACCGAAAAGUACCUACGGGUGUUACGAAACUUGAAGCUGAAAUGCUUGCAAUGGCUAGAAAGGGCAUGGGAGGGGAUGAAUCUACUUUCUCUGUUGAGCAACCAUUGGAAGCACAGUUGAGCAUAUGUGUUUUCUGGGGAAAUGCUGGCAUCUCAGCUUUCACAUUUCAGACACACUUGUGGUCUGAUAAGUACCGACCGCGCAAACCCACUUACUUGAACCGUGUUCAAACCGGAUUCGAUUGGAAUAAAUAUAAUCAAACCCAUUAUGAUAUGGAUAAUCCACCUCCGAAGAUUGUUCAAGGCUACAAAUUCAACAUUUUUUAUCCCGAUCUUUUGGAUCCUUCGGAAACUCCCUCAUUCACUGUCACACCUUGUGACGAUCCAGAUUUUGCAGUUAUAAAAUUCAAGGCUGGGCCUCCAUAUGAAGACAUUGCGUUCAAAUGCGUAAAUCGUGAAUGGGAAGUCAGUCACAAACAUGGUUACAAGUGCCAAUUUCAAAACGGUGUAUUUCAGUUGUGGUUUGUAUUCAAACGAUAUCGUUAUCGUCGGUAA